GCACGCUGCCCCCAAGUGUCACUAUAGAGUGUAUGCUGCCCCCAAGUGUCACUAUAGAGUGUAUGCUGCCCCCAAGUGUCACUAUAGAGUGUAUGCUGUGCCCAAGUGUCACUAUAGAGUGUAUGCUGUGCCCAAGUGUCACUAUAGAGUGUAUGCUGUGCCCAAGUGUCACUAUAGAGUGUAUGCUGUGCCCAAGUGUCACUAUAGAGUGUAUGCUGUGCCCAAGUGUCACUAUAGAGUGUAUGCUGUGCCCAAGUGUCACUAUAGAGUGUAUGCUGUGCCCAAGGGUCACUAUAGAGUGUAUACUGUGCCCAAGUGUCACUAUAGAGUGUACGCUGUGCCCAAGUGUCACUAUAGAGUGUAUACUGUGCCCAAGUGUCACUAUAGAGUGUAUGCUGUGCCGAAGUGUCACUAUAGAGUGUACGCUGUGCCCAAGUGUCACUAUAGAGUGUAUGCUGUGCCCAAGUGUCACUAUAGAGUGUAUGCUGUGCCCAAGUGUCACUAUAGAGUGUAUGCUGUGCCCAAGUGUCACUAUAGAGUGUAUGCUGUGCCCAAGUGUUACUAUAGAGUGUAUGCUGUGCCCAAGUGUCACUAUAGAGUGUACACUGUGCCCAAGUGUCACUAUAGAGUGUAUGCUGUGCCCAAGGGUCACUAUAGAGUGUACACUGUGCCCAAGUGUCACUAUAGAGUGUAUGCUGUGCCCAAGUGUCACUAUAGAGUGUACACUGUGCCCAAGUGUCACUAUAGAGUGUAUGCUGUGCCCAAGUGUCACUAUAGAGUGUACGCUGUGCCCAAGGGUCACUAUAGAGUGUACGCUGUGCCCAAGGGUCACUAUAGAGUGUACACUGCCCCCAAGGGUCACUAUAGAGUGUAUGCUGUGCCCAAGGGUCACUAUAGAGUGUACACUGCCCCCAAGGGUCACUAUAGAGUGUACACUGCCCCCAAGGGUCACUAUAGAGUGUAUGCUGUGCCCAAGGGUCACUAUAGAGUGUACACUGCCCCCAAGGGUCACUAUAGAGUGUACACUGCCCCCAAGGGUCACUAUAGAGUGUAUGCUGUGCCCAAGGGUCACUAUAGAGUGUACACUGCCCCCAAGGGUCACUAUAGAGUGUAUGCUGUGCCCAAGGGUCACUAUAGAGUGUACACUGUGCCCAAGGGUCACUAUAGAGUGUACACUGCCCCCAAGGGUCACUAUAGAGUGUAUGCUGUGCCCAAGGGUCACUAUAGAGUGUACACUGCCGCCAAGGGUCACUAUAGAGUGCACACUGAGGUGUUUGACAGCCCUUCAUCACCCUGUGUGGCUCAGUGGUCAAUACUCGCUACUCUGUAG